CCACACUGGCGGCCCAGGCUCCCGGUGUGCUGCCGCAGUCUCCUCAGAACUGCGAUCCUAGGUGGGAGUCAGGGAGCUUGGAGCAAACGACAGUCGGCCUGAACCUGAGCCAGCAGGAGAGCGCUAUGAUAUUGCCUCACCUUUACAACAUCCAGACAUACUCAGGAGCCUCUGCGGAGUUGUCCCCGGGGACUGAUGGCACGUUCGUCAUCAUGAUGUCUGGAUAUCAGUGGCAGAUAGACACGGCGAAGGCGAUAGUUCAGCGGCUGAUGAGUGGUAAAUGA